AUGGAACUCAACCGAGAACAUUUUCGCGCCAUAAUUUAUUACAACUUUCAGAGACAAUUAUCGCAACAAGAAUGCCUUGCUGAGUUACUGUUUGUUUUCGGCAACGAAGCGCCACAUUAUCUUAGCGACGAUCCCAGGGUGGGUGCACCAAAAACGGCAGUCACCCAGGAAAACGUCGUUGCUGUGCGCAAACUCAUCAUUGAAGAUAGACAUGUGAUAUAUCGCGAGAUUGAGGCGUCCUUGAAGAUCUCAAAGACCUUAAUUCAAAAAAUUUUACAUGAAGAAUUAGGAGUAAGAAAAUUAGUUUCUCGUUGGAUACCCCACCUGUUGACUGAAGAAGAGCAGAAAGCAGCCAGGGUUAAUUGGUGUCAAAAAUUGCUUGACCGUUUCAAUUCCGGAAACUCAAAAAUGUGUACAGCAUUGUUAGUGUCGGCUGUUUGGGUGUUCCAAGGUGAAGAAAAGCCAACAAAAGUCAUCCGUUCUCGAAGAGUCUCGAAAAAGAUGGUCGCGAAAUUUAUGUCAAAAGCGGGUCAUAUUGCAACUAUUCCUCUUAAUGAGCAAAGAACUGUUACUGCGGAUUGGUAUACCACCAUUUGUUUGCGAAAAUUCAUCACCGAGCUUCGAAAAAUCAACCCCGAAAGAAGAAUCAUCCUCCACCAAGACAAUGCAAGCUCGCACACAGCCCAAAAAACAAGGCGGUAUUUAACGGAAGAAAACGUGGAAUUAUUGGACCAUCCUCCAUAUAGUCCCGAUCCAAGUCCAAACGAUUUCUUUACGUUCCCGAAAAUUAAAAACAGACUGCGUGGUCAAAGGUUCCAGUCACCAGAAGAAGCAAUGUGUAUUAAUCUUCGUGGAGAAUACUUCGAAAAACAAUAA